ACAUCUUUAACAAACGAAAUCUUCUUGCUUGAAGACAGAAUUCACACAAAUCAGUUUUGCCCUGAAGUUAUUUAAUCAUGGUUAUCACAAAUGACAUCCAAUUGCCUGAAUUUAAAACCCUCACCGUUCCAGAGGUAAAUUUAUCAACACCAACAUUAAUGGCUGCUGCUCCAUAUCUUGGCAAGGACUGCGAAGCUAUCAACAACGAGUUUAUGCUAUGUCGAUUUGAGUCUCGGGAUCCUAGAGUUUGUGUAGAUCUAGGUAAACUGGUGACUUCAUGUACACUACAAUUUUUUAAAAAAGUAAAGAAUAAUUGUAGGCACGAAUUUAAUCAAUAUGCCCAGUGUAUAGAUAAAAGUUCUGGGGAUUUUUCGUUCUCGGUUUGUCGAAAAACGCAAGCCGUAUUUGACAAAUGCAUGGAUGAGAAGUUAUGUAUGAAAAGACCCGAUUUUGGAUACUUUUGUCGUGCUCGGGUGCAUAAGAGCCGUGUUGCACCUCCACCACCGGAGCCCUGCCCUUGCCACUCGAAGGUGCCGGAUCCGACACCGUCUCUACCUGACUGUAAACCACGCCCUCCACCCCGCUUCGGAUCCCGUAACUUUUGGAUGACUGAGUGA